AUGGUCCCGUUGAUGGAAGACUGUGUACGGCAGCUGGUGGAACAUUUUGAACUGCUCAUUGAAGCUUCGGGGCCAAAAAGUUUGGCCACCUUCAGCGCAAAAGAGAUUUUUGCCGGCUACACCAUUGAUGUGAUUUGUCGGGCUGCUUUCGCCACAGAAACUAAUGCAAAUAAAGAGAAGAAAAAUGCUAAAAAUGGCAAAAUGACAACAAAUGCGGCGCUGGUGGAAAACGGAAAGCGCUUUUUCAACUUGAAUCCGCUCAAGAUUGUCACCAUUUUGGCGCUGCCACGACCGGUCCUUGACUUGCUAAACAUUCGACAGCCCUUUAGGGACGACACUUUUGAUUACUUUGUUCACUUUGCGCGGGCUGUUGUGAGGGCGAGAAAGGAGGAGAUGGUGGCAAAGGUUGAAGAUGGCUCAGCAAAACGGGCCGACCUUGUUCAACUGCUGAUGGACGCUACUGUUGAAGAGAAUGAAAGUGUUGAAAACAAUCCUGAGUUUUCGCCAAACUCCAACAAAACUUCUUCAAGAAUUUUAACCGAUGAUGAGGUUGUCGCUCAGCUUAUCCUCUUUCUAGCCGCCGGUUUUGAGACCAGCUCAGCAUCGCUCACUUUUGCCGUUUUUGAGCUGGUAAACAACAGCGGCGUUCAGGAGAAGCUUUAUGAGGAGGUCAAAGAUGAAAGCAUCACCACCGAUUCAAUUCUCAACAGUUGCCCUUACCUAGAAGCAGUCCUCAAGGAGACCACCCGAAUGUACAGCACUGUUGUACGACUGGAACGUCGAGUGGGCGUUGAUGAUUAUCAACUGAAGGAGGGGCUGAUUUUGGAGAAGGGAACUCUGGUGGAGAUUCCACCCAGUGCACUUCACUUCAACCCCAAGUUCUGGCCACGCCCGUUCACCUUUGACCCUGAGCGGUGGAUGCCGGAAAAUGCCCAUCUUUUGGUGCCCUACGCCUACCUGCCGUUCGGUCAGGGUAAUAGAGGUUGCAUUGGGCAAAAAUUUGCUCUGCAGGAGAUGAA